UGCGAAUUUAUAGCUUCUCGUUCACUCUCUCCCCUGCUUUCUGGGUUUGAAGUGCCAUGGACAAGGCAACAUCUUGGUAAUCCUUAUUUUCUUCAACGCUAAACUGUAAGCUUCAAUCGACCGGAUAAGGAGUGAUAAAGGAAUCAACACCAGGAUACUGAUGGCCAUUGUUACUGGGUUCCCGAAACAAUUUUCAGGUUUGGUUUGUCCUCGUAACUAUAAACUAUCAUUUGGGACUCAGAGAUGUAAUGAAGUCAAAUUUAGUGAUUAUGGUGCUGUUCGGCUGGAAUGUAGAAGGAAUCCCAGAGGAGAACUUCGAUAUGUUCCUGCCAAGCUGUCUUGCAAUAAGCAUGUUCUGUAUGCAGGAAGAGGUCCUUACCAAUUGAGCCAUGAAGAUGACUUGCCCCAAAAGCCCUUUUGGCUAAGUUUUAUUAAGGAAGCCAUCGGGGCUUGGAAAGCUUUGUUUGUAUUUCUGGCUGAGCAACCCAGUCAGCUGAAGUACAUAGAGUGGCCAGGUUUCCAGAGCACGCUGAGAACUGCUAUGCUCACUCUUGUUCUUGUUGCGCUGCUGAUUGUUGCCCUAUCUUCAGUUGACUCUGUUCUAUGCUACGUGUUAGCUUUGCUUCUAAGGAGAACCCCUUGAUAGAAGACUGAACUCCAAAAAAGCGUGCUUUCACCCCUGGCCAAGCUCCAUUUUGGGAGAUGCUUGCUAGUCUGUUUCCUGCCGAGAUGUAAGUAGAAAACUCUUUUCCUGAUGGCAUGAAUUGAGCUGCUGGAGAAACAUCUUACGAGAAAAUAGCAGAGCUACUGAGUGGCGGGAAGAAAACUACACAUGCUGAGCUAUUUGGCCUUUUUAUUCCUCUCUUUUUUUUGUCUGGGCGGAUAGUUCAUGUUAUUUCAUCCGUAUAAAUUGCAGCUAGCAUUUGCUUUUGAAGCCAUCAAUUAAGUGUGUGAUUAUGUAGCUGAAAAUGUUUUUUAUAAAUAAUAAAAAAAAACAAUAAAUUGCCUUUUUGGAUUA